UGGAUGGAGUAUUACUUAACCUCAGUCCGCUUCUUCCUCUUAUUCAUCUUCAUCUCUGGUGAAGAAGAAGAAAAAGAAGGAAAUUGAGAGAGAUGAUGAAGUUGCAGCAAAAUGUUAUCCGUUCUCCUUAUUAUCUAUCUUACAGAUGGAACUGAAGCUUAACUGAUCGAGAGGCUUAACAACUGCUGUAUGUUCCCAGCCAUAUCCUCUUUGAAUUCUUGAAUCAACUACACUUCCAUUCACUACACAGAGCUUCAAGAAAGCUCCAAUCCCCAGAGCUUGCAGCAAAGUAAGUCCAUACCCGGAAGACAAAAUGGGUAAAACUUGUAUAUAUAUAACUGACUGACAGACAGACAGACAGACAGAGAGAGGAUGAGGAAUCUAUGGCUGCAAUUAAUUCUCUGAAGAAGAAGAAGAAGAAGAAGAAGAAGAUUGUUUAUAAAUUAUCAGGAAUUAAAGCAUUGAUAGAAGAUGAACCCACCACACUACUAAACCCCUACAUCAAAAAUCUUUUUUUGUUAUUUACUAAGCAGGUACCACAACCACAAAACCCACAGAUUUCCAUUUCAAUCAAAUCUUGUGCAGCAGCAGCAGGAGGAGGAGUGUACGUAAUUAAAUGGCUACGCUUACCAGCUUCCCCCGCCUCGUCACCCGUGAGUUCAGUUCGAUGCAUCUUCCAUGUGCCCGCACCUUCAGAUCCAAGCCCUUGUAUCUGACGGCUGGGAGACUUUUCUCUUUCUCCGCCGCCGCCGGCGAGAAAUCUAAUAUGACUCCUCCAUCAAUCGUCAUCUGCGGCGCCACUCGCCGGAAGCCGCCUGGAGGUGUCUCCUCCGCACAGCCUCUAACUCAAGGUGAACGGUUCCUGCAGUCGCUUCUAUGGUUUACAGAGGGAGUCUACAUAUUCUGGCUCUUCUUACUCCCAUUUGCCCCAGGAGAUCCCGUUUGGGCUAUCAGCUCGGAGACAAUCAAGGAUCUUGUGGGACUUUCUCUUAAUUUCUUCUUCAUUCUUCCUUUGUUCAACACCCUUGGUAUAUCUCUCAUUAAUGCACCGAUACUUCACCCUAUGUCGGAGGGACUGUUCAACUUUGUGAUUGGGUGGACAUUCAUGUUUGCUCCGUUGCUGUUUACUGAUUCAAAACGAGACAGAUAUAAGGGCUCUUUGGACAUCUUAUGGGGAUUCCAGAUGUUCCUCACAAACACAUUCCUGAUUCCUUACAUGGCAAUCCGGCUGAAUGAGGCCGCCGCCGAUUCCACAUCAAGAAGAAAGGCUUCUGCACUGGGCACUGUUAUGAGGAAUGGUGCAGGCAUAGUUGGACUAUUUGGUGGCUCAAUCUGCCUGUUGUCGAUAUUAUGGUCAUUUUUGGGCAGAGCAGAGGGAGGUCAGUUCGGGGGAAUAACAGAAAGAUGGAACUUCUUGGUGAGUUAUGUUGGAUCGGAGAGGCUUGCUUAUGCCUUCAUCUGGGAUAUAUGUCUUUACACAAUCUUCCAGCCUUGGUUGAUAGGUGAUAACCUAGAAAAUGUGAAGACUAAUAAGGUCGAGUUGGUGAAAUACCUCAGGUUUGUUCCAGUUGUGGGUUUGUUUGCAUAUCUGUAUUGCUUAGAUGUUAUUGAUAAAGAUGAUUGAUUUUUUGUAUUAACAUUGAAAAAGUACAUACAUAUCCCUCCCAUCAUGAAAAGAAUUGAACUA